CCAUGGGCAGAGAAAAUGUGUACACAAAAGCAAUGCUAAAUAGUACUUUUAUUUUGUAAGAGAUUUUUACUUUGUAAGAGAAAGCCCCGCGUCACGUGACCCCACCCUCGCCUGGAUACCAGAAAGCGUCGCUUAUGGUCGCUACGGAGGGAUGGAUGCCUGAGUUGUAGUCAAAAGGCACUUCUGAUAAUUUUUCCCAUGCAGUUAGGACCACGCACGAUCAUGGCAGUCUGCGGGAAACGCUUAGCUGUCUUUUCAGCAACGACUCUACCAAGUUUUAACGUUUGUACACUCACGUUUUAGCGCACUGCUCUGUCUUAGCAUGACAGAAACAGAUUAGUUAGCAUGCUAGCGAGCUAGCCUCCCAGCCUGAGCAUCAGCCAGCGAUCACAACUGCCGGUGACAGUGUGAUUGCAGGUUCCUAGGCAGACAUGGGUAAACUACAGAGCAAGUUUCGCAAGCGGUCUGAGCUCUACAGGGCAUCUCAGGAGGAGAAGGCAGAUAACGCCUUUGACAGUCAGGUGGUGCAGUACGAACCUGCCCAUCAUGGAUCCAUCAACACUGUGGCCAACCUCAGCCCAGAUCUGUGUGUUUCUGGUGGGACAGACCAGGCAGUGGUGGUGUACGACUGGAAACAAGGCCGGAUGUGCCAGUCCUUCCAGGGUCACAACCGAGAGGUUACCAAGGUGGUUUGUUAUCCAGGUAGUACGUGGAUCUUCAGUGCCUCACGGGACAAGACUGUUCUGAUGUGGGACCUAAACCAGGGCGACGAACAUAUUCAGGAAUUUUGUGGCCAUGAGUUGGUGGUCAAUGGACUUGCUGUCAGCCCUGAUGGGAGAAAGCUGUGCACCGGUUCUCGUGACAACUGGAUGUGCCUGUGGGAUAUAGAAUCUGCAAAAUGUGAACAGAGACACAACAUCUCUAGAAACCUGGUGACUCAUGUGUGUUGGGUGCCAGCCAGCUCCUCUGUAGUCCAGACCUCUGAGGAUAAGACCAUAAGGGUGUGGGACAGCCGGACAUGGCAGGUGACCAAUACUUUUCCAGCUAAGCAAUACAUCCAGACCCACUGUGACGUCUCUCCACAUGGUCACUACUUGGUGUCCAGUAGCAACGGCUUUGGAGGGCAGGGCUGUGAAGCCACGCUCUGGGACCUGCGUCAGCCUGGCUGUAAAGUUGUGGAGUACAGAGGCCAUCUCCAAACCACAGCCUGCUGCAUGUUUCUGCCUAUGACUCCUGGUGACACAGUUCGAGUAGCAACAUCCUCCCAUGACAGCUCAGUCAAAAUCUGGGAUCAGAAUACAGCAGUCUGUUUAGGGACGCUGGCUCUGGAUGGUGCUGGUCCACUGGUUUCUCUGGCUCCCAGUGAUUCCACUAAUCUGCUGUGUGCCAGCUUCAACACUGGCCUCCACCAUAUCCAACUGGACCAGGGAUUGCACCAGGCUCAGGGUUCUGGUGCAGGUUCGGGUGACCUGGACAUUAAAGUUGUGGCACGUUUCUGACGCCCCGAAGAGUCUGACCUGUGAACAGCCAGUGACUCAGAGAGCAGCAGCACUGGAUGUGGGCUUCUGUCAGUUUGAUUUUGUUUUUUUAUUUUUUACUCUUUUCCAUAUUUCUAUAGACAUUUUUGCUUUGCUAGACUGCCAUACAGUGAGGAAUGACAGAGGAGGCGUGAGAAAAGUAGGAGAUGAUGUAUGGAUGAUUCACCUUACCCAUCACAACUACUCUUGUCUGUCGGCCAAACUACCUUUUGACUGAGGAGCACAUAAAUACCAAAAUGAUUGUGCUUGAAUUCAUGGCCGGAUUUAUCUGUUCAAGUAGCCUAGCCGCGCUAGACCCAUGCUCUGAAGACGCAAGGGUCUAGGCACGCUCGACAGGGAGGGAGGCGGGCUAAAAGGUUGUCUAUCAAAUCACUCUGCAGCAAUUGGGUAGGUAUACAACCAAUCAGCGCAACGAAUAGGCUCCUGGAGUGCCGGAAAUCAGAGGAUGCGGUAGUUCGGUGAAGCCUUAUUUAUACAGUCAAUGGGUGAAGCUCAAGUAUAUUACAGACAUGUGAACAGAAAGAUUAUCCAGAGUCGGUGCUAAUGGAGCUCAACGACUGUUGUCGUUUUUGUUGUCGACCCUGGCAGAGAAUUAAAUUCGUUGCCGUGGGUUGUCUAGCGUGGCUAGGCUACUGUUCAAGGGCCCUUGAGCAAAAAUUUCCUGUUGAGCCCUAUUGUGGUAAUUUGAUAAAAUGCCAACUAAUUUAGUAACAUGAGCAAAGAGCAACAGCAUUAGCUAAUACUGCAGGGCCCAUCUUACCUGGUAUCGUAAGUGGUCGUCUGGGGCCCCUAUGCGGUUUCCUGCUUUGCUUGGUUGGUCAUCCAGCCUUGCUUGGAGUUUUGCUUUGUUGGACUAAACAAGAUAAACUGGAAUUCACUAUCUGCUUUAGGUUGACAGAACAGACUGGAUGCUUUCUACAUAUGUUGUAUUGCUUUUAUUGGUGUACUGAAUACAGGUUCAGAGGACAAGAUGAAGGUGAUUUUGGAGCAGAUGCUCAUUUGUUUGACAUUUUAAACUGACCAAACCACCAAAACCUCAAAAGCCCCAAAUUCACAUGAUGUCUGUUGGUGUUUUUUGGUAAUUUAAUUAACAGCACAAGAACUUCAAGCACUCAAUUGCAGUAUCAACAAGAAAAGCACUCAGAGAGCGUAGUAGUCCGCUAAGGCUGCUCAGUCUUUGUAUGUUAAGUCCCAAUAAGCCCACGGCAGUCGAUCUGUAGUAGGAUUGCAAACGUGAUCAUCAGCAAGCAGCUUACGUAGUGUUCACUUGUUGUCACAGUUACAGUGACGCCGUACUGCUAUCUCGCAAUGAUCCAGAAAUCUUUAACAAAUCCGUCGAUCCAGACUAUAAGCCACAUCACUGCCAAAAUCUAAUGAGGUGAUCCUUUGUGUCAUUUUUGACCUUCCCUGAAGAUUUCAUUCAAAUCUGUUUGUCUGUUUUUGAGUAAUGUUGCGCACAGAUGAACAGACAAACAUAUGCCGAUUGUCACAUAACUCCGCCGUGUAUCUUGAUGGAGUAACUAAGACAGGCCCAUAAAAUGAGGAGUGGAUAUGGAAAAUUGGAAGCAGUCAUAGAGCAGUAAAAUCACCUAUUUAACCUGGUUGUACUAAGCCAUUACAGAGAAUUGAAGAGUAUCUAAUUGGGGUUUUUUUCAGUAAUAUCAUUUUGUUGGUAAUGCCUGACUUUUGUUUAUCAAACAAGUUGUGAAGUCAUCAAAACAGAGUAAGGAGGAAUGUGUGUAUACUGAUAUUAUUGAUUAGUUUGUACUGUAGCUUCAACCUGUGGAAUGUUAGACCAAAUGAAUAUCGACGACACCAGAUUGUAUUAACAGGCUUUGUUUUUAUGCAGAUUUCAACUGAUAACAAUUUUAAAGAUACACAAUCUGAUAUUUUUUUUAACAAAAUCUGCUAAUAGUUGAUAUUUUGUGCUGAUAGCCAAUAUAUUUUCAUUUCAAAAUUACUAUGCAAAAUUUCCAAGUAAUUCCCUUUUUCAUAAAAUACUGUUAGAAAAAACAAAUGGAAAUUGAAAACACUGCAGAGGCAAAAUAAAGAUGCUUUGCAGCCUGUCGACAUAAAACCUGAUACCAGUUGCUGACUUAAUAUAUUCUUUAGUUCAGAUUGGGAAUUUGUUACAUAUUUUACCUUUCAGUUUAUAGAUAUCGAGGGGAUCAUCUCUCCAAAAAACCGCUUGUUGCUAUAAUUCCAAUUAGGAGCACCAGAGGAAUAAAGUGGUUAAAUCACAAGUGGAUGCUAGUCUGAAGAGAGAUGUUAUUUUUAAUACGUAUUGAACAGUGGCUUGAUUCAAGUGGAGAAAGACUGUAGGAAAAUUUAUGAGUUGCAAUACGAAAAUGCAAAUGGAAAAAGAUGGCAUUGUCACCAGGUGUUGAGGAGUCAACACUGGCUGUAAAUAAUAAUUUUUAAUUUUAUUGAACACUACUUAUACUGGGAAACCAAAGGAAUUCAGACAGUUGAUUUUUUUGUUUUUGUUUUGCUCAUCUAUUUGUCAAUCUAAACAUUACAAGUUAAUUUGAUUUUGUCAAUCUGUAUUUCUUACUUUUUCAUUAGGCAAUAAAUGAGGCAUUUUAUAAUCUUA